AUGGCUGCUACGAACAAUAAACCAGGCAAUCCCAAGGAAGAUUUGACAAAAGAAUUUCGUUUAUUUGAUCGAAACAAUGAUGGAUUUAUCGAUAAAAAUGAAUUGAAAGCCAUUUUACAAAAGAUCUUACCAAAAUUUCAAUUGCCUGACGAUGAAAUUCAACGAAUGAUUUCCAAUGUUGACACGAACAAAGAUGGUAAAAUUGAUUACAAAGAAUUUAUGGAAUCAAUCUAUCCACAACUACCAGCGAUGUAA